AUGGAUUUAACAUUACUAUCUAGUGACAGUGACAGUGAUUUGGAAAUGCUAGCUCAGUUAUCUGACUCAAGUGAUGAAGAUGAAAUCCUACGCCGCCCUCCAAAGAGAAUCAGAAGAGUGAACUAUACGCAAAAUUACGGAGUAUCACCAUUGCAUCAACUUUUGUUGACCCUACGGUUUUAUGCACUAGGCACAAUGUUGAUAUCCGUAGCAGAUUUUGUUGGAGUUUCAAAAUCUACAGCAGGUAGAAUAGUGCGAGACACAUCAUCAGCAAUUGCCCAAUUAAAUGAUAAAUAUAUUUAUGUUCAUCUUAGGAGUGCAGACAAUUUCUAUAGAAUUGCUGGAUUUCCUCGCGUGCUUGGGGCAAUUGAUGGCACACAUAUCCGCAUACAGUCUCCAUGUCAUUUUAUAGGCGAAGAAUACAGAAAUCGGAAGGGUUACUUUUCUUUAAAUGUUCAAGGUGUUUGUGAUGCAGACUUAAAAUUUAUAAAUGUUGUGGUUCGUUGGCCUGGUUUUACGCAUGAUGCAACUAUAUUUAAUAACUCUAUUCUGAGAGCUGAAUGUGAUGCAGGGCAAUUCGGAAAUCGCUGGGUACUUGGAGAUAGUGCCUAUCCAAACAGGCCAUAUUUAUUAACACCUGUUCUGAAUCCAGUUUCUGAAGCUGAACAUAGGUACAAUGAAGCACACAUUAAAACUAGAAAUACCAUUGAACGAGCAUUUGGAGUAUGGAAACGUAGGUUCCCCGUUGUAGCUCUUACACUACGUUUGUCAAUACCAAAUAUGCAGGCAGUAAUAAUACGAGUAGCAACUACAGUCCUACAUAAUAUUUGCAGAAAUCACAAUCUCACAGAAAUCCCCUCUGAAGUAGAACUACCAUCUAUCGACAAUAGUACAAUGCUUCAUAAUGUAGUUGUUAAUGAUAUUCCUACAAACCAUAUAACUGAUUUGAUAAAUAAUUAUUUUAUGACAUUAUAG